GGCAGAGGGCGUUGGAGAGGCGCCUGGAGAGGACCCUCUUCUCCUGACCCACAUUCACCCUUACUGUACGGGCAGGGGGGGGACCGAGCACAUAGAAAGCAAAUAAACGGUGUUGAGUUACCCUACAGACCGUGGCCAUGGCUUUGGCGGUGCCUGGCAGACACGGCGCUCCCGUUUCUCAGACCUGGUAGCGGUUUAAAAGGGGGGGGGGGGGGCUGCCGGCUAACAGUUAACCCGCUGGACUCGCGGGUAUUUCUACGUAUUUGUGCUUCUUUUUCUUCACGUGUUGUUAAGCCGACCGGUCCUUGUUCACAAGGCUUUUAUGUUGACAACACAGGAGGUGACUUUGUAUCAUAAACCGAGCACUGGAUGAGGGCAGCAUCAUCUGUUUCAUUUGCGGAGCAAUCAGACGGGAUUCUGUGACUCACCUUGGGCCACUUAGGGUGGAGCCCCCGAAGAAACCUACCUGUACGUGUUAAGACGAAUGAGCCAAGCAUCGACCUUUUCAGAUGGACACUGGGAGACCGCAGUAUUGUGUUUCAAAGACACAAGAUUGAAGAAUACACUCAAGAGUGAUGCAACACCGUUUUACCUCCCGUCCUCCUCUCCUCUUCCACUGAUUCAAUCAGAGAAAAACUCUUCUGCAUUCUACCUCCCAGAGAAAUAGCAAACAGCAAUUUAAUAUCUGUUAUCAGCAACAUUUCUUCAUUUACCUCAGGGAUUUUCUCCCACUGCCUACCUCUUCCACCGAAUCAGCCAACCCAGUGAUGUAAAGCAAAAACACACCUCUGACCCCUCACUGCUGUUACCAUGACAACCUGUAUUGCCUCUCAAGUUUUCCUCACUGCAGCCGAAACAACCAGCAAUGACCUUGGACCUCUUACCACCUGUCAGUUCAGACCUGCACACUGCCUAAAUUGUACUCGUCCACACUUGUAGCCCGGACCUCUGGCUAGUUAUAACUGGAAGCAAAAGGGUCACAGUUGCCAUGCAGUCAGCUACACACACACAAUAGACUUCACCUUUCAAUACAAUAUACCUGGCAGGCAACUAUAUACCUCAGCAGGUACGGAUUCUAGAUAGGCACCCAGUCAACAGGACACUUUUCAGCUACAGCACUAAGCCUGGUGCUUCAUUCUACCCAGCAGACAACUCACUUAAGCAUCUUCCAUUUGCCUUAGAGUCAAGAAGAUAGCAACUGUAGCCAGGGAGGCCUCAAGAGAAGCAGAGAGAGAGACUUCACUUCACUUAAUUUCCUUCUCAGCAAAGUCUCAUCAUAGACGAGCCUCACGAUCUAAGCAGUAGCAUAAAUCAGCAAUUGCCCAGGAGGCCUUCAAAGAUCACAGAAGAGACACCGAAGUUUCUCCUGCCGUGAGCUUCCUCUUCACCCCACGAAAGCCUCCAUAGAAGUGAAGCUACCCACGGAGCAGGAGAAGUUCUUUCUAAAUCUGGAGGCAAGCCACAAAGAAUAACGAACUUCAUGGCAGAUUUAACUCGGAGCAUUAUAAACCUUGGAAAGAGAGAAGAGUAAACACAGAGAAGAUCCAUAUUGUGUGACAGCAAAGAGAAAAGGAAGGGGAGCAUUAGUAAAAAGAAGACCGCGGCGCUUUCUUUUGCUUCCACCGAUGUCCCGCACACCGUGCUCCUCCCAGCCAAUCACCACCCAGUUUCUCAGAUGGCUGUCUAUUGACGGGGCUGCCAGCGAAUGCUGAGCAGGCUGGCGAGGUUGAGGUCCGCCUCACUAUCCUGUGAUUGGCUGCUGGAUGGGACUGGGGCUUCAUGGAGCCAAUGUCCAACAAACAGGAUAGCAACUCAUCAGAGGGAGAUGAGAAAGGGUGGCCAGAUGUGCCGAAGAGAAAGAGUAAGAAGAGCCAGUGUUCGGUGAAGAGUAUGUCUGCUCUUAGUGUCUCUGUUCCAGGGUACAUCCCCAGCUACCUGGAGAAGGAUGAGCCAUGCGUGGUGUGUGGGGACAAGGCGACUGGCUACCACUACCGCUGCAUCACCUGCGAGGGAUGCAAGGGUUUUUUCCGCAGGACCAUCCAGAAGAACCUACAUCCAUCUUACUCCUGUAAAUAUGAAGGCUGCUGCAUCAUCGACAAGAUCACACGCAACCAGUGCCAGCUGUGCCGCUUUAAGAAGUGCAUCUGUGUGGGGAUGGCCAUGGACUUGGUGUUGGACGAGUCGAAGCGCGUGGCCAAGCGGCGUCUGAUCGAGGAGAACCGACAGAAAAGGAAGAGGGAGGAGAUGGUGCGAACGCUGCAGACGAAGCCGGAGCCAAACACUGCAGAGUGGGAACUGAUCAGGAUGGUAACCGAGGCCCACCGGCAUACCAACGCCCAGGGAUCCAGCUGGAAACAGAAGCGCAAGUUCCUGUCGGAUGAUAUCGGCCAGGGUCCGAUGGUGCCCACUUCCAAUGGAGAUAAGGUGGACCUGGAAGCCUUCAGCGAGUUCACCAAGAUCAUGACCCCCGCCAUCACGCGUGUCGUCGACUUUGCCAAGAAAUUGCCCAUGUUCUCGGCGCUGCCUUGUGAAGAUCAGAUCAUCUUGCUGAAGGGCUGCUGCAUGGAGAUCAUGUCGCUGCGCGCUGCUGUACGCUACGACCCAGAGAGCGAGACGCUGACGCUGAACGGCGAGAUGGCCGUGAAACGUGAGCAGCUGAAGAACGGCGGGUUGGGCGUGGUGUCGGACGCCAUCUUUGAUUUGGGCAAGAGCCUGGCUCAGUUUAACUUGGAUGAUUCGGAGGUGGCUCUGAUGCAGGCCGUGCUGCUCAUGAGCUCAGACCGUUCAGGGCUGACAAGUGUGGAGAAGAUCGAGCAAUGCCAAGAGGCCUACCUGCUUGCAUUCGAGCACUACAUCAACUACCGCAAGCACAGCAUUCCCCACUUCUGGCCCAAGCUGCUGAUGAAGGUGACGGAUCUGCGCAUGAUCGGAGCUUGCCAUGCCAGCCGCUUCCUGCAUAUGAAGGUGGAGUGUCCCAACGAACUCUUUCCCCCGCUCUUCCUGGAAGUCUUUGAGGACCAGGAUGUGUGACUUACAGAACACUGAAACCACGGCACCCCCUGAAAGAACCUUCCACACAUGAGGAAAUACAUUUGGGGUUGCUUUGGUGGAAGAGGGAGACUUGGGAAUGUGCCCUGUAAACUUUUUGUCUCAUUUUUGUCAAACACCCACAAGACCUACCACCUGCCACCAGCAAACACACAUCACCAUCAUCAGAAAGAAACACACUGACAAUCUGGCUUUGCUUUUUGUCAUUCUGACAGGUUAUAGAUAUUCACAAAUUUGAAUUCCAAACACACUGCCCUGAACGUACAGGAUACCUAUAUGCAAACACAAACCUCAUUGAUGAACUCCUCUUGCACCUGUUUGGACAAACGCUACACUAAUGGGGUCCCCCCCCCACACACACACACACACACACACACACACCCACGGCCAACUCUCACCUCAAGACACUGUAGUGUUUUAUUUUUAUCUCUGGGACCUGACCAUUGGCUCCUCAGACAACUCCCAUCCCCGCCACACAUCCAUCUCACGUGCAUCUCUUUAACAGCAAUGGUGUCCUCCGUCUGUGCGUGCGGCCCACCCCUCAGUCUGCCGAGGCCCUGUGAGUGUUUGUCGACCUACCUCCCUCACGUACUGACCUCUCUCUGAUCUCUCUCUGGCUCACGUACACACAGAGACACACACACAUUAUGUACGUGCACAAAACACACCCCUGCACUCUUACCUCAUGUGAAAUGUAUUUGCUCGUUUAUUGUGUGAGCGGUGGUAGUCUGUUGAGAAAACAUGGAGCCAUGUAGUCCUCAGUUACCCAUGUCCCUGGAUGCUACUGUUAGGAGAAGAAACAGUGGGAACGCUUUAUAUGAAGCCCUUAUCUAUAAGUUGGUCGAUAUGGUUUUGUCUACGUCAAGAAAGGGUGUAUUUAUACCUAGGAGGUUUUGAGAUUUGUGUCAUUAUACAGUAAAUGCUUGUUGUUUGCUUUAAGUUGAAGCAACAGUUGGAAAAAAGCAUUUUGGAAAAUAAGCCGCCUGUAGCUGAGAGUUACAGCGGAAGAUUAAUACCCUCAAAAAUUUGAAGCAUCAGCAAACAGUCGGUUACAUUAGUUUAGCACAAAGACUGGAAAGAGGGGGAAACACAGCAGGCAGCUGUAUUCAGCAAAUGAACCCAAAAACUGUAUGGGAGCUGUAACAUCAGAAAGACAAAGUUAGCGGCAAGCUGGCGAACAGAUAUUACCCUUAGGAGACCAAACAGUUAAAAAGAGAGUGAAUAUUGGACAGAAACAUGACACCCAAUGAAUGCUAAUAUUGGAAAGUAAUAGCUGGUUGUGUACAAUUUCAGUCAGUGCUGUGUUCACAGCUUGUUUCCGGUCCUGAAUAGCCAAAACACAUUGUUUAAAAUAAAGUCUAUUGUAGCUAUCGGCUACAAAGGAAGUGUUCCCACUAUUUUAGUUAGGAUACAUUCAUUAAUAUAAAAAAAUAAAAUAUUUAUACUGUACUUACAUACAGUAUAAAUAUUCCUAGAAUACCUCUCCGACACAUACCUCCUGUUCUCAUUACCUCACACACAUGCAUAGUACACACACCCAUACAGAAGUUUUUUUGAUUCAUUACCUCAGUUGUUUUGUUGCUCAUCUCUUCCUCCUCCUAAAUAACGACAGGGCUGCACCGCACUUCCUCUCGCCGUGUGUGUGUGUGUGUGUGUGUGUGUGUGUGUGUGUGUGUAUGUCAGUGUGUGUGUUUGGGUGGGUGAGUGCUUCUUCUCAUUGGAGCCUGUUAAUCGCACCGUUGCCCCGCCUCCUCACCUCCCUGCUGACUUGUGAUAGGUUCAGCGCUGGCAAGUGCUUAUGGUGGGAGGGCAUGUUGUCACUUACCUCUGCAGGCCUCCCCCCUCACCUGUACCUGUUUCAAGUCCAGCCUGAAACCGACAGAUUCUACCUCACCUCUCAUCUCAGCGCAGCUGCCCGUCUGUCUGCAACACACUGACAUGCAUGCACAUAUACUGUAUGUAAAAAAAAUAUAUAUAUGUGUGUGUGUGUGUGUG